GCGAAAUGCGCUGGGGAAAAUCUCUUACAGGUUUGAGUAUCGGCGUGACGGAGUUGGUGCUGGUGUUGGUCUACCUGGGUCCCGUAGCCGCGCUGGACACCAAGGAGUUUCAAAAGAAUUUGCCAGGGAAGGUGGUUUGGGCGGUACCAGGAAAAGAUGCAGAGUUACCUUGUGAUAUAACACCAGCUCUUCCUGGGGACAAUGUGACGAUGUUAUUUUGGUUCAAGGACAACAUGGGGAUGCCCCUGUACAGUCUAGAUGCCCGAGGCGGACCCAAGCCCUCUCAUCUAACAAUGAGUGAUGACCUGGGGAGCCGAUCAUACUUCAUCGUCGACGAGGAGCCGUCCAGAGCGAGACUGAGGAUACAGAACGUUCAGAUUCUGGACGAAGGCGUGUUCAGGUGUAGGGUGGACUUCGUUAACUCGCCCACCAGGAAUUUCCAGGUCAACCUGACAUUAGUAGUUCAACCGUCUGCUCCUAAGAUCUUUGAUGCAGAAGGACGAGAAGUUAAACUAAAUUCUCCCACUGGACCUUUCCUGGAAGGUGAUGAGUUGUUUCUGUCCUGCCAGGUCACCGGAGGCCGGCCAAGGCCAUCGUUGACAUGGUGGUACAACGGGACGAUAUUGGACAGCGUCAUAGACUCAGGAAGAGCCUCCUAUACAACUGUUAACCAACUCAUCGUCAAGAAUACGCCCAGGCACUACAAGGGAGCCAAACUCGAGUGUAGGGCGUCAUCUUCUGAACUGGCUGGACAUGUGAUACGAGAAGUACCGAUAACAGUAUUCUUAAAACCAAGCAAAGUAAAGAUUGUCAGCCCGAAUGAUUUACUAUCUAUCAGAAAGUCGCAAAACAUCAGAUGCGAAACUUCCGGUUCUUAUCCACCUGCCAAGUUAACAUGGCUACUUGAUGGAAAACCUAUUAGGAAUGCCGUUGUUACGGAGGAAGAGACUGAUUCAUUUACGGGCAGCAUUUUGUCGCUUAACGUUGUCGCAGAGGACGACGGGAAGGAUCUAGUAUGUCGAGCGGACAAUCCACGUUUUCCCGGAGGAUCAGCUGAAGACAGGAGACAGAUUCACGUCGCAUAUCCUCCCAGAGUGGCAGUAAUGAUGGACUCCGGAGCGACGUCGCCCGUAAGGGAAGGCACAGACGUUACCCUGCGAUGUGAAACCUCAGCACGUCCUCCUCCUCACAGCUAUAGCUGGUAUCAGGAUAAUCAUCUGGUACCCUACAACGAAACUGGGGGAGUCCUUCCGAUGGAUGACGUAUUGGUUUUAAAAAAAGUAACGCAAAGUACUGGUGGUCAAUACGCUUGCGCGGCUAUAAACAGCGAAGGUGAAACAUACAGCGCCCCAUUUGACCUCCAGAUCCAAUACUCUCCGCGAUGUAAGAAAGGUUACGAAAUCAUGAGAGUCGGGGCCCUCCCCUAUGAGACCCUAGUUGUUCAGUGUCACGUAGAUGCCAUUCCCAGCGUUAGCCGCUUCUCCUGGACUUAUAACACCAGCAGAGGGGUCCUCCCGGUUCAAAGCGGAAAAAUGCAAAAUCACGGGAACGUCUCUAUCCUACACUUCACGCCAGGCAGCGACGACGUCGAAUCCCUAUCGUGCUGGGCUACAAAUAACGUAGGACGCCAACAGACCCCCUGUUUGUUUUACAUUCUCCCCGCAGCGGCCCCCGAGUCUCCAAAAAGUUGCAUAGUUCGCAACGCGACACAUGGAGGCCUGGAAGUGUCUUGUAUAGCGGGCAAAGAUGGAGGCUUACAUCAAAGUUUUGUGCUGGAAGUUUCCGAUAUUACCAUAACGGAGCCGCAGCCAGGUGUUACGACCCUCAGCGAUCAAGGCGAGCCGCAGCAGCCCGUAUACCGCGUGUUGGGCGAGAGGCCGCUCUUCCGGCUGCACAGCCUCCAGCCGGGCAGGGAAUACCAAGUGCUCGUGUACGCGGAGAACGCCAAGGGUAAAAGCAAUCCUCCGGUAGUGCUUCCUAAUGUUCGAGUCGAAACAGAAGUGCCCCUCGCAACACUCCAGGAGAGCGACACAACAACAGGCGGCGCGCCGGAAGGGGGAUCCACCGAUUCCAGUGGUCAGGGACUGACCCUAAUAAUAGUAGGCUUCGCCGCAGCUGCAGUGCUUCUCAUCGUCAGCGUAGUGGCAGUGGCGGCGGUGAUAGCGUGCAGGAAGCCGGCUGCGACGGUCCGGAGGCGACAGCGGAGGACCAGCAAACCCCCGGAGGAGUUCGAUCUCGCGGAGGGGGGCUUCGGGGAGGGGUUCCACCGAAGAAGCGCGCAGUAUAGGGCCAGCAUGUACGGGGAGUGCGAGGAGAGGAUAUCCAGGCUGGUGGAGGGUCCUGAUCUGAUCCUUGCCCCUGUGACGUUUCCUGCAGAAAACUCAGAUUACUGAACAUAUUCCCAAGAAAGAAGUACAACCGAAACCGACUGAAGAUCUCAAAUAUAAUCAAAAUAAGGUUAUGGAAAAUGUAUUUUCUUUAUAUUCAUUGUAAAGAAUAUAUUACUUUGCUUAAGCGAUUAGAUAGUUCGUUAAAUUGGAUAAU